AUGUCGGGUCGAGGUGGCGGACGGGGCGGUCGCGGUGGACGUGGGGGACGCGGCGGGGCCCCUUUGACGGGUGCCAAACUGUUUCUGAAGCGCUCCGCUCAGGAAGCCGGCUUGGACGAUCGGAAUCUUAAUCAAUUGCAGGACAUUACGCGUCCCCUUCUCUUUCCGACCUACCGGUGGCAUACCGAAAAGGCCACGUACGAAGACUCCGAGAUCGUCGAUCCACCGACACUCGUUCAUCCCAAACGAACCGCAUCGCAGGUUUAUCUCAUGAACAAGCAACGCGAAUGCCGGGAACGCUUCCACAAAUCCGCACACUACGUACAACCAUUACCAACGGUCGACGUUGUCCGGUACGGACAAAAGAACCGACACGUGGCGGUGGAUGUGGCGGUCCUCGAGUCCAUGGGACAACAACACCAUCCCUACAAACUCGCAACCGACAGUCGCUACAUGCCACCCGAACUCUUUCGCGACUCCCGUCACAUGGCCGGCAAACACCCACCAACAUACACCGAUACCAAUACGCGGGUCGAGAUAUCGGGGGAUGAUUUGCCUGUGGAUACCAACGACGACACGGAUAACGUCGUCCAGGACGCGGCGGCGAGCGGUACUACACCCGCCAACGCAACCGCAGCCAACGCCGGAGUCAAGGAGGACGACGAAGAGGACGAGGAUCUCGUACUAGAAGAACCAGAAGAGGAAGAAAUUGAAGAUUAUACCAUGAACUAUUACGAAAGCGACAACGAAUCGGGUGGUGAUGGUGGUGGCGGAGAAGAUGGCGGUGAAGCGACAUUCUAA